UUGCUGAGCACCCUGUUUAACGGCUGGCCUGUUCUCUCCCCCGGCCUGUUGGGGGCAGUGUUCCUGAGGACCCAUAAGAGUCUGGAGUCUGUGGAUCCUCAGUUCACCAUGAGGAGGAAGAUGGAACAGCUGAGAGAAGAGCUGGAGCUGAUGGAACAGCUCAGAGAGGUGAGAGCUUCUCUGUCAAUCUCUUUCCCUCCCUCACUCUCGUCUGGAAGUAAACUCCCUAUCCAGUAGCAUUAUGUCCUCAGUUUGUGCAUGUAUUAAGGUGUGUGGUUUGACCCCUCUUACCCCUUCUGUCUCCCCUCAGAGCAUAGAGAGCAGACUGAAGGUGGCUCUUCCUGAAGACCUCGGCUCCUCCCUCAUGGACGGGGUGGUGCUCUGCCAUCUGGCCAAUCACAUUCGCCCACGCUCCGUGGCCAGCAUCCAUGUGCCCUCGUCCGCUGUGGUACGUCUGGGGGUCAAUGAGGGGUUAAAGAGGGAUACAUAGGAAUGGGUGAUUCUUUGUGUUAUAUACAGUUAUAGUGUGUGUUGAGCUCUGUGUUCUGUGUGUGACCCUGUAGCCCAAACUCAGCAUGGCCAAGUGUCGGAGGAACGUGGAGAACUUCCUGGAUGCCUGUAGGAAGAUGGGCGUUCCCGAGGUGAGACAUUCCUGUCUGUUAGAUAGUGGCACCUCAUUGAUCCUGAAUCAGGCACUCUAUUUCAGAUUCACCUGUUAGAGUUGGGAUUUGACUGAAGGAAACUGAUCCUUGAUCUGUUAAGAGUUUGAAUAAAAGCUAUAGUAUCAUUGGGGUUGGAAUCUAGUUCUGGGUGGGCUGAUUGGGGAUCAGUGAUGCAAACAGCCUGUAGAGGACACCAAUACUAUGCACACUAGCAUGAAGUGUCAGAAAGAGCUGGGUGCUAGUGCUGGGAUGAAACUAGACCAUUUGACAAGUCUACAACUUCUUUAGUUUACACAGGAAUACAGUUCUAGGAUAUGUAUUUGACAUUGGGACCAAACCCCUUUAUAAUCAUCACCUUAAAACAAUCUGCCCAGUCAGAGCACAAAGUUUGAUCCCAGAACUGACACAUCUAGCCAAUCACCUUCCCAUCCCCCACUACCUCCUCUGAAAGAGAGAAAAUAAUGGCAAGCAUUAAAGCUGCAUCAUCAUCAUCAUCGCACUGGACUAUGCUGUCAUCAUCAUGGCUUCCUCUAUGCUUUUAAACUUUGACCUGGCUCUUGCCUGGUUCUGACCCCAGCGCGUGCCAAAGAAAAAAAUGAGUUUAACAGGAGCUGUUGUGCUCUCAUGUCAUUUACUUGACUGAAAGAUGUUGUGUGUGUAUGGGAUGGCAACAUAGGACUUAAAGGGCGAUUGCACUUCCUAAUUUGGCACAUUAAGAAACGCUAGCGACCAUGACUGAAUUCAAACGUGAGUUGGUUUCGGGGUGUGGUUUGAUGUGGGUGUCUCGUCUGUGUUCACAGCCAAUUAGCUUCAGCCAGCUGAUGUGCAAACGUGGCAAAAUUGGUUUGACUUUGAAUAGCCCAUCUCUGGGGAUAGUUAGGGACCAUCAAAAAUGACACAAUGUAAAUGGGACAAUAUUUUAAUGUUGUACAUCUUUUAGUUGUCUCAUUAUAUGCUUUCAAAAUUUGUAUACCACUUUCUACAAUUUAUAGUUGGUUUGAGGUUUUUAAGUCAUUGAAAUUUGGAGCUAUUGACCUUUUAAAAUAUUGUCCCAUGUACAUUGUGUAAUUUACUGAUGGUCAAAACUAACAGAACCAAAUUAAGAUCGGUCUCGUGCAGCUGCGCUCCGAAUUGAUGAUUACUUGGGUGCUGUCAGCUGUGGACAGGAUUAAAAUAAACCCAACCCACGGACAACUGUUACGGUACCCUUCAUUCCGCGACAUACAAUUAUUUCCUAUCAUCUUUAUGACCAACAUUAUCCUAUUUACACCUUGUAGUCAAUUUUGACAGUAUAAUAAAUGUUUCUGACUCCUAUCGAUGCCACAUAGGCCAUUUUCAAAACGAUAAAUUGCUUUUUAGGGGCAGUCGCUCUUUAAUAAGAUGUGUUCGACUAUCAAAUUGGCCCAGUGACCCUGGCUCCUCGUUGCUGUGUGAUUGCUCCUUUAGUAAAUAUAUUCAGUAAUUAUGACCACUAUUUCUGUCGUCCAUGGUUACACAUACAGUAGUAGCGGGACUCAUUAUUUGAUCAUACCCUGGUAUAGUAAGCCCUGCUGUGAUUGUGUUUAACGUAUUCUCUCAUCACUCAAUGAGCCUGGUCGAAACCUCACACUACAAAAGUUGCCUUUCAGUCACUGUUUGAGUAGCCUGCUGGGACUGUACAUUAGAAUGCACAGUAGCACCAUUACCAACAGUGAGACUGUCUGAGACCUCUUGGCUGCUUCCUUAGACCUCCUGCUUGUUUGCUGUUGCUAGUCUGGUUUUGCUUGUAUAACCUGGCCCUAGCCAUCUUGUAAUCCUGCUGCUUGCUGGCUGAAAUGUUGCUGCCUCGCUGAAACAGGUGCUUUGCGCUGGAUAGAAAGCUAUUGCUAGCAAAUGCAUGUGAAGAUGUAGCUGGCUAACACCGACUGCACCCUCAUUGCUCCUAACGCUCCACACCCCGGCAUGGGCUGCUUUCUGAAAGAGACAGUUCAGUCUCAGAUUUAUAAAUGUAGUAAGUCACAUACUCUCUCUCAAAAAGCAGCCCUGCACAUUGCCCUGGUAACCCACGCCUGCGCAGCCCUGCACAGAAACACAUACCUUGACCCCUGACCUCUUGUUCCCACUGGUUAACAUCCUGCCUUGUUUCUCUCUGUUCUGUUUUCCUGCUGGACCACCGUCUAUCUUCUCUUCUUCUCCGCUGAAUCCCCUCCCCUUAUUUCUCUUUUCCUGGCACUCCCUUCCCAUUUCUUCCUCUUCUUUGUUCUGGUAUUUUCUCUCCUAUGUGUUGUUCUUCCCUCGCUCAUCAUUCUCCUCCACUUCUAUAUGCCUGUAUUUCUCUUCUUCAUUCGUAAAAUCCUUUGACGUUCCUAUGUGAGCCCUUUCCUUCUAUCUGUAUCAUUCUUUUCCCUGUUUUCCAUUCUUCUCCAUUCAUCCCUUCAACUCCUUUUCCUAUUUCCAAUCCUUCUCCCUUCACCUUCAUUCACAUUGUAUGUUACCACCUCCGCUCCUCUUUGGGUCCUCAGUCGUCCCUCUGCUCAGCAUAUGACAUCAUCCAGUGUCACCUGCGGCCGAUCCGUGUCACCGUGUGCGCCCUGGUCGCCAUGGAGACCCCCACAGAGGGGAGGAAUUCAGACAGACAGGGGAAGGGCCCGAGUCCAAACCCAAGCCCCGCCCCCGAGGCGUCUACACAGGUCGCCCAGGCUCCGCCUCCCGCCUGGCAGCCCUGGGACCUGAUUGGCUCGAGCCUAGUACAUGUGUUCUGUCUCCUCCUGCUGUUUGUGGCCUAUAGCUGGAGCGAGCUGACGUAAUGCCACCUGUCAAUCUCCUGUCAAAGCCCACCCUCCUCUCAGCCCUGCCCCCCGCAUGUGCCAACACGUCUCUGUCCGCAAUCCUCCUCCUCUUUUUCUUCAACCUCGUUUCUGUGCUCUUCUCCUCUGUCUGGGAAAACUGCUGACUCACACAACAGUGUGUCUCUCAUACACACUUGUAUUCAUGCACACAUUACAGAUGCGCACCAUUAAACUCCAAUAAAUACCGACUCACAACCUCACACACAUGCAUUCAUAUACUGUCCCCAUCAAUACUGCACAUUCCAACUGUUGAAAAGAAGCCUGGAACUUGUAUACAAGGGGUUACCGGAAGACUCUCUACAACUCUUUGGCCAAUGUCUCAAAUCAAGCCUGUCAUGUUGGACUGUUCUCUUUAUUAAUGCCCUCUGGGGUCACAGACCUGUUGUAUGGGGUCAUACAGUAUACCCACUCCCCAUGGGGUCAUACACUGUCUCUUGGUUCCAUACAGCCUGUCUAGUUUGGGUCCAGGUAAGCACAGACCAUUAAUAGGGUUCCUCUAUCAAGCUGGAUCUUGGAGCUUUUUUGUUGCAUUGAUCUCUCUCUUCAAGACACAUCAGAUACAGGUACAAUACAGUUGUUAUUAUACUGUCUGUUCAAAGUAAAUAGUAAAGCUCAAUAGUGAUGCCAUCUAUGACAAAGAUACAACACAGUGUAUAGGUUUGGACCUAAUAAACACACCACUUAUGACUAGACUGUAGAAUGUCACUACAGAACACUGUCACUAAAUUAAGUUCAAUAAUCACGUCACUACUGCACAUCUCGACCAUGUACAGAUAACUGCCAAAAUAAUGGAAACACUUGAGUAAAUGACGGAUAUAAAGUAUAUUGAAAGCGGGUGCUUCCACACAGGUAUGGUUCCUGAGUUAAUUAAGCAAUUAACAUCCCAUCAUGCCUAGGGUCAUGUAUAAAGAUGCUGGGCAGGCCAUUAUUUUGGCUACCAUGCCGAUGCCCCGAUAAGAUGACAAUGCCCCAAUCCACAGGGCACGAGUGAUCACUGAAUGGUUUGAUGAACAUGAAAAUGAUGCAAACCAUAUGCCAUGGCCGUCUCAGUCACCAGAUCUCAACCCAAUUGAACACUUAUGGGAGAUUCUGGAGCGGCACCUGAGACAGCGUUUUCCACCACCAUCAACAAAACACCAAAUUAUGAAGUUCUUCGUGGAAGAAUGGUGUCAUAUCCCUCCAAUAGAGUUCCAGACACAUGUAGAAUCUAUGCCAAGGUGCACUGAAGUUGUUGGUGGCCCAACACCCCAUUAAGACACUUUGUUGGAGUUUCCUUUAUUUUGUAAGUUACCUGUACAUAACUCUCAUAUCGCUAUAGUUGAUUUACCCUGGGGGGGUUACAUGACUACAGUAUGUAGAAGUUUUAGGCCUACUAUUGUACUAUUCUGUCGUGGUUCAGACCGUAGACUUAUUUUCUUCUUUUCAAAACCUCAAGAUACAUUGGAAGGAAGUUUAUUUUACCCAGCGACUACUAAUAGUUCUGUUUGUUUUAAUUCAGCCAGUGCUGUGAGGCUUUAUAUGACUUGUAUAUCUGAUGGUGUGAAUGGAACUGGUAAUAAAUGUACAGUUCUCUCUUCUAUUCUGUGUUGCUGUUCUCUGAAGGAUGAUGAGUCCAGUGCUGUUCAGAUUCCUCAUAAUGGUUAUCCAACAUACUCCUACACACACCUGUACUGUCUGUAUGUUCACUCAUCACCAUAGUUGUAUUGAGGGGUUUUUAUUUACUUGUUGUUGCUGCCUCCUUUCUUGUCCGUCUCCCUAUUUCUGUCCCACUCAUUCCCGAUCUCCUCUCCCUCCCUCCCCCCCCCCCCCCCCACUCUCUCUGUCUCUUCCUUCUCUUUCUCUGUGGAACCUUCACAGGAUAAGCUGUGUCUGCCUCAUCACAUACUAGAGGAGAAGGGUAUGAUAAAGGUGAGCAUGACAGUCCAGGCGCUGGUGGAUGAGACUUCAACCAAGCAGGCUCUCUUCACGUGA